CCAUAUUACCUAAAUAGUUAAGUUCCUGAGGAAACGCUGGUGUGUGGCGAGAGUUUAUAAUCAUUAAAUAAUUAAUUAAUAUACAGUGGAUUCUACUAAUCACCAUGCGAAACGGGCCAAAGUAGCACAGUGCCAAGUUCUGUGGAAUAUAGUCUUCCUGUGUUUAUUUGAGUUGAAUCAGAACUUAACUUCAUAACAACUUAAGCUGCUAUAUAAAAUUCAAAUAUGGCAACACGGAGCCAUAUUUCAAUGAAUUUAUGUCUGUCUCCAAAUGUGAAUGUAUACAUAAAAGAGGAUAUCCCAAAACAUGUGAUCAAUGGUGUACGAUUCAUCUAUAAACAAUUUGUUAAGGAAAAACCGGGCGUGAUACUCAAUGAUCCAGCCGAUUAUGACCAGGAAACUCAAGUGGCAUUAUUUCUGAAUGGAACCCGCAAUAGGCCAGACAAACACAUUAAAACUGUACUUAUUCUGUGUGAACCGGACAAAGUACCAAUCUGGAAUGAUUGCCUGAUGAAGUGGAUGCCAGAUUUUGAUGAGGUGGCGAUCGACUGGCCCAAGCCUAGCUCCAAGAAGUCCGUGUACGUUGCGACCACGGACCGUCUCGAGAGUUACCACCGCCGCGAGUGGGACGCGCUGGUGGUCGACGACGACAGUUUCCUGCAAUACAAACUGACGCCGAGCGAAUUCAAAGUCGAUUUCAAAAUAUUCAUCACGGCUGACGAUUUGAGAGAAAAUCUGCACAAAUUCUCACAAAUAUACAGAUGGUUGUACCCGGAUAAGAAAAUAGAUGUAAACAACUUUAAGCCUAACACAGACACUAUCAGUGAUAUCCUCCAGAAACGGAUAUGGUUCGGGGCGUUUGUUGAAGACAUGCUAAUAAGAAACGCCAGUUCACUCAUACGAAUAGCAGACAAUACAUACAGAGAAGUACCAAAGGAACCGAGAAGAAUUACAAGAAAAAACAAAGACGCCACGGGGACCAAAAUAAAACGCACAAAAAGAAAAUUUGAAGUGGACAAUACUGACAUACCCAAUAAAAAGGUUUCAGUACCCAGUGAUCAUAGCAAUGGGAAUACUAACAUCGAUAUUUGUAAUUCUAAAUUAGAAGUAAGUAAUAAUGGUUACGAUCGAGUCGAGAGUUUCAUCAGAGACCAAGAACCUCUAAAAAUUGAUGAAUCAAUUGAUUUCCCUGAUUUGGAUGAAAAAAUGUCGCACACAAGCAAGAUGGACGUCGCUGAAGCUAAACUCGAUGCCUCAGACAGCGAUACUGCUAUGAAAUUAAAUUAUUCUGAUGAAAACUCAGACGAUGCUUAUGGUCUUGAAACACAAGACAAUGAAGUAGAUAAUAAUAAUUUACAUUUUAAAGAAAACGAUUUUGCAAAUGCUGAUGAAAAUAAAGCAGAUAACAGUGAUGCAAACAAUGUAGAGAAUGGUCUUAAUGCAAAUAUUGAUGUAAAAAAGUCUGAUGUAUCUGUCCAUAAUGAUUUAGCUCUCUGUAAUACAGUUGAUAGUUUAAUAGAUGGUAAAUUAGAAUCGGUGGAAACUCAUACAGAAAAUAAUAUGAAAUUCAAAGAAGACAAUACUAAAAUAGAAAAUGAUCCUGAAAAGCAAGUAGCAAAAGCUGAUGAUUUAGAUUCCAAAUGGGAGGAAAUGGCUUUGAAAAAGUUCAAAGGAUCAUUAUUAGAUAGGAUAUUUUAGAAUGUGAUAGUUACUAUUCGUGUCCACUUCGUCGCCGUAUGUCCCCUGGUAACAAAUUGACGUUUCGUCGCAAAAUGUGUAUAAUUUUGGCCUUUUUCAAUAUCAUAUUUAUAUAUUCUAUCAUGACGGUAUUUAGAAAACCUAAAACGGGAUUUAUAUAUAUCUAUAUAAAUACUGUCAUUUUUAUAUAUCUUGGACGAAACAUUAAUUUGUUACCACACACAUUUUGCGAGAGUGACAAUUUCCGAAAAAGACAUCAUACGAAAUGGAUACCAUGUGACCAGGGGACAUUUUGCGACGAAGCGUUCCUGUCGCUUGUGUAGCACUUUUUUAAAUAUAAUGAUAAAAAACAAAAACAUUGAACGAAUCUGUAGAUAUACAAUUUUAAGGCAGUUUGUAAACCCACAAUUUUUCUGGGCAGCAUUUAUCGCGCAAAACAUCACGUUUUUUCAUUGACGAUGUUCUAUUACGCUCGAAAUAUAGAGUGAAAUAGAACAUCGUCGAUCUCACUCAUGUAAAUUGUAAUAAAAAGGGAAAGACGAUAUGUUGCACGUCAUAUGUUCCCUAGUGCAAACGUGGUUUUAUGACACAUCAAACAAAAUUAUUUAAAUGAUACUUCCAGUAUCAUCAUAUAUUUUUUUUGAUGGUAUUUUUCUUGGGUUCGUGUCCCACUGUUGGGCAAUAACCGCCUCUUUCGUCUUCCAUAAAUCCGUCAUUUGUGAAUUACCAAAUAGAAAACUAAACAAAUACACCAAUCUAGCUAAGAUUUUUUAUUACGAAUAAUGUAAAAGGUGCAGUGAUAUGGAGAAUGUAAUGUACAGUUGGGGGGUAGAAAAAAAUAUUAUAUUUAUUUAUUAUCUGCUCUCCACUAUAAUCUCUGGUCGUUCACGUUUGUCACCCUCAGCUUUGUUCCCGCCGGUGACGACGACUGGCAAUUUCACAUAAAAAAUAUAGUAGGUAUAUCCUAGUCAUCACCACUAUAACAAUAAACAUGAAAAAGGAUUAUUAAAAAAAAUUCCUACUCACCAGAGGGCGGUACAAAGGGGAUGACGAACGGGAAUGGCCGUUAAUCUCAGCUUUUCAAUGUAUCGAUAAAAUAUAUUAAUUAAAACAAUACAUGGGUUAAUCAGACGAAUGGCUAAAUACAAUAAAACGCUGUGAGACUGUUACAUUUCAUAAAUUUAUUUAAUCUCAUACAUUUAUUUGUAUAAUUUGUAAAACAUUGAAUCAUAUUUUUCUCAUCACACAACAUUGGAAUGUAAGUAAAAAUCUACACGUCUUUUAAAUAAAAUUUCUAUAAAUCAUCAAUUUUUAGUUGUGUUGAUAAAACUGUAAUUACAACGUCUAUACAUAUUUGUACAUAAAUAAAAUAAAAUACAUAUUUACAUAGAAAAAAUUAUUUAGCGCAGAUCAGAAAGAAGUCAGAAAAUAUUAAAAACAAAUUGUUACAAUGCACGCGACGAAUGAUGUAUCUAUACACUAUCGCCAAAAGGCGCCGACGCGAUAUAACGUUGCAAAUUACAUAGUUGGUAUGAGAUCUUUUAUAUGACCCCAAGGUAACCGCGCAAUGUAUGUCGAAACCGCCACUUGGCGAACUGUUUACCGAUAGUGUAUUAGCCGGCAUAUGGUUUGCCUGCGCAGUAGACGAUGUGUAAUAUAGUCCAUUCUACUAUUGCGCAGUCAAACCAUACUCUUGUCACAUUUCGUGGCGCGUAUUUAUACUCUUUCUUUCUCUCUACCUCUCUCUUUCUUUCUCUUUCUCAAAUUCGUGUUUUGUUUGUGCAAUUAAUAAUCUCUUUGGUCUGCGCUAACUUUCAUCUCACCAAAUAUACGGUGAUACGAAUAAAAAAAUAUUCAUCGCACUAUACAGGGUUACAUACAUUACGUAAAACACCCACACACACCAGUGAUUGGCAUCUUAAACAACUUUUAGUGAACGCAGGGGCAUUUUGUUUGACGAGAUUUGACACAAAAGAAACAAAUAUUUUUCAAGUUUUUAUUGUAAAAAAAAAGGCGCAAUGAAUGUGAGUGUGACAUUCAUAUCUACGUUUGCGCCUUUUUUUUUCUUUUCUUUGCAGCAAUCAAACUUCUUCAAUAGAGCUUAUUUUUGCCAGUGUUGAGUUACAUUAUUAUUGGAUGAUAGGACGUUAGCACCGCCCCGCGCCUCUCCAAACCCCACAUUCGCGCGCGACACGCAUUGAGCAUUGAAAGGGAAAAUUAUAUAAAAGCUAUUAAUAUUUGUGUAUGAAAGUUAAUUGUCAAAACUAGAACAAACAUUGUUUACGAUGUUAGCUGUCUACUCUUGUGAAGUUUCAGGUAUUUUACGAGUAACCCUGUGUAUGAGCAUGUAGAUACUUGUAUAGGCAACGAAUUGUUAAUCGUUGAAUGUCGACUAUAGUUGACCGAAAUCUCCAAGUACCUAUAUCAACUUCCAUUUAUACAUAAAAUAGUUGUUUUGUAACUAUUCAUAAGCAAAUAUUAAUUUAAGUACAUAUGGAACGUGGUUUAUACAAUAAAAUCUUAUAAUAUA